AUGCGGACCUCCAAACCUUUUCUCCAAACAGCCUUCUUGUUGGCCACCUUGGUGAAUCACUCUAUCUGUGAUACCUUCACAGUUCAGGCAGAGAAGCUUGUGGACUGGGUUGGGUGCAAUAAGCAAACCACUACACAGCAGGCUAUUCGAGAUGCGUGGGACUCUGUCAUGGACAUUGCAUAUGUUGUCAGUGGCAAGAUUGAAUGGGGCCAUCAUCCGUCCAAAGAUUUCCUGGCAGGCCCAGACCGAAAUAGAGCCUAUCAGAAGGAUAUGAAGGCGGUGCUUAAUAAUGCUUACACGUUCAGACGAAGAUACUGGUGGAACCCCCCAAACUGGACAGCUUGGAAGGUUUCCAUUCGGUGCGAUGACAUUGAUGGGACUUGUGCAAAGCAUAAGAAGGAGGAUAGUUUUGUUCCUGCGUAUACUAUCAAUCCAGGAAAGAGACCCGGCUUUUCUUUUGCAGCGACAAGAGACACUAUUGUGAUCUGA